AAACGGAGAGAGAGUGAGAGCGGUGAGCGGAGAGCGCCCUAAUGGACUAGCUAACUCGGGAUAUGAGCGUACUGUUACCUAUCUAGAGAAAAAAAGAAAACUCAUUCUUUUUGUUUUUGUAUUUGUUGUUGUAGCGCUGCUUCACGAUGGCAGCGUCGAACCCGAGCGAUCGGGCCCACAAGAAGCCCGAUCCCAGAGAGCUGAGCGAGGCGGACAGCACCGAGGAGAGCGAGGAGAGCACUGACAUGGAAUCCUCCAACUCCACAGAGGAGAAGAGCAGCGAGAGCCAAUCGGAGCCCGAGGAGCAGGAGGAGAAGAGCUUUGUGGCCAAUCUAUACGGGUUUAUGAAGGAGAGGAACACGCCCAUUGAAAGGAUUCCGCACCUGGGCUUCAAGCAGGUUAACCUGUGGAGGAUAUACAAGGCUGUGGAGAAACUGGGAGGAUACGACUCGGUGACGGCCCGCCGGCUGUGGAAGAACGUGUACGAUGAGCUGGGGGGCAGCCCGGGGAGUACCAGCGCCGCCACCUGCACCCGGCGCCACUACGAGAGGCUUGUGCUGCCCUUCGAGCGGAGGCUGAGGGGGGAGGAGGAUAAGCCGCUGCCCGUCGCCAAACCUCGCAAACAGUACAAGAGCACCAAGGAGGGCAAGGGAGCCAGGGCCGAGGGCAAGAGGAAGAGAAGCAGCGAGGAGGAGAAGCAACUGAAAACCAGCGACUGCGAUGAGGUAACAGGGAAGCAGGCCGGUUGCACCCGGUGUGAGUCCGGGACCUGCCAGCACCUGCCUCGGGGAUCCAUACCCGCAGAAACACGAAACAAACCGGAGAACCCGAAUCCCGACGGGACAGACGCUCCAGAGGAGUCUGGGAAUAGGAGACCCCACGAUGAUUGGACCGCCAACGGACUGAGAGCUUCCCAUUCGCCGCAUGACCAUAAAGGAAACGGCCAAUCGGCUUCCAUCUGCGGGUCAUCCCGGCCAAUCAAAAGCCUGCUGUCCAACUUCCACUUGGAAGGCAGUCACGGCGGGGUGAUCUCCCCGCUGGUCAAGAAGAAGCUGAUGGCGCAGGCCAGCGAGGCCGGGUCUCUGCACUUCUUCCAGACGGAGGGGAGCAAAGCCAGAGCCCGUCUCCAGCCCUCGUGUUCCAGCCCCGAAAGGCCCUCUGUGAUCCACCGUGCCCAGCAACCGGAACUCAGCCCUGGCCUCGCGACUUCCAGCCGGGCCUCUGACGAUGGAUCUCCAGAGCCCCCUUCCUCCCCGAGUCUGUCCGCUUGCUCCACGUCUGAAGAUUGCACCUCCCCGCCAGAGGACUGCACCCCCGAUCGCCCUGCCUACUGCGCAAGCUUCACCUCUAUCCCUUGCGUGAAUGGGAUCUACAAACCCCUGAGCCAUAACCCUGGCAAGGAUCUGCCCAGCUUCCCGCACCCCCCCAGGGGGUUCCUCGAAGUGAACCCCUACAGGAAUCUGGCCGCGAGGAACACGGGCAGAGAUUCCCGGGAGCAACCAACUGACCUCAGCCUUCCGCGGAGCGCCUGGAGCCCCGACAGCAAAGGCACGGAGAAUGGAAUCCCCUCUGCCAAGUACAGCCACCAGCCUCCCUCCUCUUUGGCCAGCUUUGGCCCAAAAGCCUGCUGGGUUCCCCCCAUGUCGAGUUUUACCAAAGUGCAGCCCAAAACAGGGGAGGUGGUGCGACCAAUCUUCCACCCCCGGCCAGGCCCCCAAGCCCAGGGAUUCAAACCUCAUGUGCCCCAGAAGAGGAUGGUGGAAGACCCGGAAUCCUCUGCUGCUUUCGGGAAGAAACUGCGGGUGGUGCCCCCUCUGCCUAAAGACUCCGGAGACCUCAAGGGCAAAGGGGAUCUCCCCAAGCCAUUCGCAACUCACAAGCUGCUGCACCCCCCAGCCAGCCUCCACCACCUCUCCUACCUGCUCCCCGGCUACAACAGGACUAGAGCCCCAGCCGGCUACCCUCUAGAGCAGCUCAAACCCUACUCCGUCCUGCAGCCCUCCCUCCACCCUUUCGUCUUCCCCUCCCUGCCAGCUCACCUAGCCGCGCCGCCCGCUGCAUCCCACCCACCUGAACCGCUCUACCGCCACCUAGCUGUGGGAGGUGCGCCUCCCUUCCUCUCUCCCUAUGAGUCUGCCCCUCACAACUCGCGGAUCUACCCCGUCCAUGUCUGGCACCCCCAAGCCAGCUAUGCCAUUGCCGGCCUGCAUUCGUUGUACCCCACUAAACACUAAGCUGUGAGGCUGAACUGGACAGCGUCUUCGUCCCUAUUCCAGCACUGCCACAGCGCUUUGGGAAUAUUGGGAACAAAUACUGGAUUUACCUCAAAACCGAUUUCAUGAAAUACUCAUGAUUCAAACUCCCCAUCCAUGGGAUAAGGUGCAUUUUAUUGUAGUUGAUAUUUUAUAUUGAGCCAUGCCGGAAAGCAUUUUGGGAACUCGAUUUAUCCGGCUGUGCAGGGGGGAAACCAGUUGACUCAAAAUGAACUGCCAGUGUACCCCAUGUUCAAAGCCGUACAGUACAAAAGAUUUUGAAACAUCUGUUUAUUAUAAUUAUUAAUAUUAAUAUUAUUAUUAUUAUUAUUGGUGUUAUUAAUAUGUGAAUAUAUUUAAGGAGGACAUACGCACUGAGAUGUAACAUCUCAUUAAUGAAUUAAGACUUUUCAAUUAAGGUCAGAUUGUGGGGAGGAGCUUAGAAGCUGUUUUGAAAGCUCUGUCACGCACGAAUCCUGCAAGACUCAGGGAUAAAAAAAAUAAUAAUAAAAAAAUAAUAAUCUGGACACUGACUGCAGGCAUAGGUAGUGAUGGUUCUGUAACCAUGGAAACCACGCGUCAAUCAAUCUCGAGAGCAGGAAGCUGAAGCAUCAGUCCUCGUCCCUCAGUGGGUUCAGCCUUUCAUUUCCAUGUGUGAAACUCCGGGACAAAAUCAAGUCUGUAGUUUGAUGAUUUCAGAAAAAAAAAAAAAAGACAUUUUCCCUCGGAUUUUGGCUUGUGGUAAAAUGCGUGUUCCAGUUCCCACUGAUCACCAGCAAAGAGGGGCUGUUCCGAACUGGGUUUGGGUUCUCAAGCGAUUCGAAACACUGUAAAAACUCCAGACAGUUUGGUAUCUUCUGGAUUUUUAUUUUUAUCCACAUUGCACACUGAACACUUACACUACAGCAACCAAUGCAGAAAACAACGCCUACCAGGAUUUCUUUAGAAAGUUCAUUUGGGGGACAAUGUACUUUGCCUGACCUCAGAAUGAAUGAGGCGUGCUUGUCACACAGACGGUUCUCGAUGGCUUCCUUUGAAUCACAUUUUUCUUCGUCGUCAAAAUUGUCACUGCUUUUUACUUGUGAGAUUUUACUUGUCGCUGGACAUGUGUAUCUUCUCAAUACAUCCAGCAGGCUGGAGUUGGUAUAAUCUCUUCACAAGGUAUAUGGCACUGUGUAAUAUGCCGUUGAAAAAACAAAAAGACAAAAGCAGCUCCUAAUAAUCUAUUAAGAAGGCCUGCAGCUCAGACUUCGAUGAUCACUGCGUUUACAUGUCAAAUGCAUUGCAGACACUUCGAUAUUCUGGGGAAUUGUUAGCACCUGUUACAGUUGCUUAGCAGGUGGACCCCUUUUUUCACAGUCUGAAUAUGUGACAGCUAUUUGGAUCCAUUAAGAAUGAGAUGUACAGCUAUGGCCACAAGUUUUGUUAGAGAAUUAACUCAUUUUGCUUCGUAGAGUCGAAUGAAACCUGCUGAAUAAUGUUAACAUAUUGAAUUACACACCGCUUUUAAAUUUUCCAUAUACUUCACGAAAACAAAAUGUGACAUUUCAAAAUCUAACAUGAAAUACUAUACUACCAUUAUGGCUUCCGAUAGACUUUUGUCAUAUCAUUUUGUAGUUUCUUUGAUGUUAAAUAAAAUAUCUAAAUUAUACGCAUAUAUAUAUAUAUAUAUAUAUAUAUUUUUUUUUAAUUAUGUCUCAAUCCUAAAAUUCUAGGGGACGCAAAACAUUUGGCCAGAGCUGUAAUCUGUUUCUAUUGAGCAGAUUGUAAACGUGGUGAUUUAGUUCCCUUCUACCCUACAGUACAAACCAGUGAUCCUGAUUGUAAAAUCUGUAUAUAGUUACAUUGAUCUCACACAUCAUGCUGUUUGGCAGUUAAAAGGACUAAGAUUUUUUGUGUAUAUACAGUAAUUAUAAUUCUAAUAAAUGUUUUACGCAGGUAUGUAAAAAUGAUUUUAUUGUGCGGUAGGCUGAAAAUAUUCACUGUAUAUUUUUGUAAAAAAAUUAAAACAAAACUAUUUUGCAAGGUGUUGUCUUAAGAAUAAUUGUGCCUUUUAAAAUGAUCUUUGUCCUUGUCAAAUCGAAGAUUUACUCUCCAUACCAGAAAUACAUUU